UUUUAUUUAUUUCUCAAAAUAAAAACUUCCAUCAAAACCAUCAAUAUAAUUUAGAAAUUCCUCUUGAAUGCUUCGUUCUAUUUCAAAUUCUCUCAAUCCUCUAUUCGGAAGUCCAAGAAAAUCGACAGUUGAAGAUCGUUUUGAGGGAGAGAAAGAUCAAGAAUUCACCAUGUCUUCACCAAAUGAUAUUACUCUUGCUGAGUUUAACCAAACGUUGGCAAGAUAUCCUGCGCUGCUCAAUAAAUAUGCAAAAGACACAAAAGAAGGUGUUACUCCUCUCCAAGAGCUCGAUAGAUUCAGAUAUGUUGAGGCGCCAGCAAAGUUUAAGGAUGGUUCAAACACUUUCUCUAUUGAAGAUAUCACGAAGUUGGUUGAUUGGAAACUUCGACAUGGUGCCUACCGUCCAGGUUUCCUGAAGAAGGUUGCCAAGAACACAGAUGAGAUUGUCGAGGCUGCUACUAAGGAUGCUUUUGACUACUACAAGGCCAACCCAACGGAUAUUGGCGUUGUCAUCAACAAGCUCAAGGAUCCGUUGAUGGGAAUUGGACCGGCCACUGCCUCCCUCAUCCUCUCUGUCCGUUAUCCCGAUCAUGUGACAUUCUUCAGUGAUGAAUGCUUCAAAUGGCUCGUCAAUGAUGGAGAACAUAAACCAACACCAAAAUACAACGUUGCCGAGUUUGAGAAAAUACACGCCGCCGCUAAAUCUUUGGCCACUCGUCUCCGUGUCAAUCCUCUUCAAAUUGAGAAGGUUGCUUUCGUCAUUAUCAAGGAAACUGAGCCAGUUCUCGUCCCAAGGGAGAAGCCCACCCCCAGUGGCCGUGGCCGAGGUCGUCCAGCCAAGCCUGAUAGUGAGAAGAAGAUCAAGGUUCCUUCCGGGCGCGGACGCGGUCGACCUUCCAGUGGUAUCGUCAAGCCUAAACCUACACCAAGAGUUCCAAAACCUCCCAAGGAGCCAAAAGCCCCAAAAGAACCUAAAGCACCAAAAGAGCCCAAGCCUGCCAAAGAACCCAAAGCUGCUAAGACUCCUAAGUCCCCAAAGGCAAAGGCUGUCGUUGAGAAGAAAACUCCAGGAAAGAGAGGAAGACCCGCAAAGGCGCCUGCUGCCGAGGUUGAUGUUGCCGAAAAGCCUGCUGCUACACCAAGCUCGGGUAAGAAGAGAGGAAGACCCGCCAAAGAACAAACCAGCGAUACUCCAGCAUCUGCUACCCCUGCUAGCAAGAAGAGAAAGGCAUCUGAUGAUGCUGGUACACCAAGCUCUGCUGGUCGUGGUCGCCCCAAGAAGGUCAAGGCUUGAUUUGAUUCACUUCCGUGGAGUAUGAGUGUUCAGUAGGAGAUUUUGUGGUACCGACCAGCGACUUCUUCGAGAAUACGUGUCUUUGUGGGUGUUUUUCCCAGGCCCUUCAGUAGGCUUUGCAUUACUAUUUCUUCUUUGCCAAAAUUGACAUAUGGAACAGUAAUAGCGUUGGGUUUCGCGCUUAGCUUUUGAUUUUUGCUUACCAUGGGCGUUGAUAUGGAGAUAUGAACGGGAUGGAUGGGAUGGAUAAAUUUGUUCUGUUUUCUCUUUGGCUCGGAUUUGUAUGAUAACACAAUAUGGAAAGAACAUCAGUUGUGCAACAAUUAAAUGUUUUAUAACUUCGUUUUUGUUUGAUUUGA